GGGUACUCCGGAGGGAAGGCAGGGAUACUGACUAGCCAGUGAAGGCGAGGAGGGGCGAAGGCGAGGGGAGGAGGCGCGGUGGGAGGAGGAGUAGAAGACAAAAGCCGAAAGCGAGGAGGGCGCCGACCGCACACUGCGGCCGAGAGAGGGACCAUUGGUGCGGCCGUAGCGCACGGAGCACCAGGUGGACAGGCAGCAUGGGGAAGGGAGGUAACCAGGGAGAGGGAAGCACCGAGCGCCAGGCUCCGAUGCCCACCUUCCGCUGGGAGGAGAUUCAGAAGCACAACCUGCGCACCGACCGGUGGCUCGUCAUCGACCGCAAGGUCUAUAACGUUACCAAAUGGUCCCUGCGGCACCCUGGGGGCCACCGGGUCAUCGGACACUAUUCGGGAGAAGAUGCUACGGAUGCCUUCCGCGCCUUCCAUCUGGACCUUGACUUCGUGGGCAAGUUCUUGAAGCCCUUGCUGAUUGGUGAGCUGGCCGCAGAGGAGCCCAGCCUGGACCGUGGCAAGAGCUCUCAGAUCACCGAGGACUUCCGGGCCCUGAAGAAGACUGCUGAGGACAUGAACCUGUUCAAAACCAACCACCUGUUCUUCUUUCUCCUCUUGUUCCACAUCAUCAUCAUGGAAAGCAUCGCCUGGUUCAUCCUCUCGUACUUUGGCAAUGGCUGGAUUCCUACCCUCAUCACCGCCUUCGUUCUUGCUACCUCUCAGGCUCAAGCUGGAUGGCUGCAACAUGACUAUGGCCACCUUUCUGUCUAUAAGAAGUCCAUAUGGAACCACAUUGUCCACAAGUUCGUCAUUGGCCACUUAAAGGGUGCCUCCGCCAACUGGUGGAACCAUCGACACUUCCAGCACCAUGCCAAGCCCAACAUCUUCCACAAGGACCCAGACAUAAAGAGCCUGCACGUGUUUGUCCUCGGCGAGUGGCAGCCCCUUGAGUAUGGCAAGAAGAAACUGAAAUACCUGCCCUACAACCACCAGCACGAAUACUUCUUCCUGAUCGGACCGCCGCUGCUCAUCCCCAUGUACUUCCAGUACCAGAUCAUCAUGACCAUGAUCAGCCGCAGGGACUGGGUGGACUUGGCCUGGGCCAUCAGCUACUAUGUGCGUUUCUUCUACACCUACAUCCCUUUCUAUGGCAUCUUGGGAGCCCUGGUUUUCCUCAACUUCAUCAGGUUCCUGGAGAGCCACUGGUUCGUGUGGGUCACACAGAUGAAUCAUAUCGUCAUGGAGAUUGAUCUUGACCACUACCGGGACUGGUUCAGCAGCCAGCUGGCAGCCACCUGCAAUGUGGAGCAGUCUUUCUUCAAUGACUGGUUCAGCGGGCACCUCAACUUCCAGAUUGAGCACCACCUCUUCCCCACCAUGCCUCGGCACAACUUGCACAAGAUUGCCCCACUGGUGAAAUCUCUCUGCGCCAAGCAUGGAAUCGAGUACCAGGAGAAGCCGCUACUGAGGGCCCUGCUGGACAUUGUGAGUUCCCUGAAGAAGUCUGGGGAGCUGUGGCUGGAUGCAUACCUCCAUAAGUGAAGCAGCAGUCCUCGGGGCAUCCUCCAGGAAGGGGCACAGUUGGGGUGACGGCCAGAGGGAGGGGAGGGCUUUUGUUCUGGAAGGGUUCUCAUGAGACUGAAGUGUCUGCAGGCUCACAUUCUCCGUGCUUGGUCUUUUCAUCCUUUCUUCUUGCUUUCUCCCGCCCCACCCCCCCCCCC